AUGGCAGACAAUGAAAAUCCUGAGCAAGACACACGGGCAUUGAGAGAUUUUGCUCUCCCACAGGUAACAGGAAUCUGUUAUGUUAUCAGGAAACCAAAGAUUGAGGCCAAUAAUUUUGAGAUCAAACCAGCAAUACUGCAGAUGAUUCAGACCUCAAUUCAGUUUUAUGGGUUGCCAAGUGAUUGUUAUGUUAUCAGGAAACCAAAGAUUGAGGCCAAUAAUUUUGAGAUCAAACCAGCAAUACUGCAGAUGAUUCAGACCUCAAUUCAGUUUUAUGGGUUGCCAAGUGAUGAUCCUAACGCCCAUAUUGCAAGUUUCUUGGAAAUUUGCGACACAUUUAAGCAUAAUGGCGUUACUGAUGAUGCCAUUCAUUUAGUUAUUAGCUGGGAAGAUUUAGCUCAGAAAUUCCUUGCUAAACUUUUUCCACCAGCCAAGACAACAAAAAUGCGCAUUGAGAUAGCUAACUUCGCCCAACUUGAGAGUGAACCAUUGUAUGAGGCAUGGGAGAGAUAUAAGGAUUUGCUUAGGCGAUGCCCCCACCAUGGACUACCGAAGUGGAUGCAGGUGCAGAAUUUUUACAAUGGAUUGAAUGCCUCCACAAGAACACUAAUUGAUGCAGCUUCAGGAGGAGCUUUUAUGAGUAAGGCACAGGAUGAUGCUUACAACUUAUUGGAAGAAAUGGCUAUGAACAAUUACCAAUGGCCAAAUGAAAGAAGCAUACAGAAAAAGACUAUUGGGGUGCACGAAAUUGAUGCAAUCACGACAUUAACAGCUCAAGUCCAUUCACUAACUCAGCAACUGAAAACCACUCAACUCCGGCAGAACAACCCCUAUAGUGCAACAUAUAAUCCCGGUUGGAGAAAUCAUCCUAAUUUCUCGUGGAACAAUCAAAUUGUCAUGAAGAAUCCAACCAUGCCAUCUUCAAGUGAGCACAUGAAAGAGAAAUCAAAACUUGAAGAAGCUAUGACACAAUUAGCAAACAACACCAGCAGAUUCAUGACUGAAACAAAUACCAAUCUGCAGAACCAAGCAGCUUCAAUUCGAAAUUUGGAGGUUCAAGUUGGUCAGUUAGCCAACAUGCUCACGGGUAGACAACAAGGAAAUCUACCAAGCACAACCGAAAUUAAUCCUAAGGAGCAAUGCAAGGCCAUAACUUUAAGAAGUGGAAAAGAAGUGGAGCAGAUCGCUGGAAACAAGAGUGCAGGAAGAGAAAAGGAGGAGCAAGUGGCCAAACCACUUCAGAAUAUGAAAAAAUCUGAUCCUCUGCCAGAACCAAUGCAAGAAAUAAUGCAGAGAAUUCCAUUUCCACAAUAUUAA